UGUUUGUAUUAUCACAAUAGGAACGAGCCCGCCGCGAGUCAAUGCUUGGGUCUGGCGCGACCGCUGUAACGACUAACCGCGCCCAUUCCCAUCUCCUCCUUAGCCAUUGCCGCGGCGAACCUCUCUAAGCAAUGGCUACGGUUACAGACCCUCCCACCCCUCCGCCGCCCGCCGCCGCCUCUCCUGCUAGGUCCAUCCACCGGAAACCUCUUCCCGUGCCAAAGCUACCUCUCGUCGGUCAACAUGGACGUGCCGAUUCUCAAGAGAGCUUUGCUGAAAACACUUUACCGGCUGAGGCAACGAUCGAGUCGCCCAAAAUCAAAGAGUUGCCCGUGUCUCCGGUACAAGUGAAUUUCCAACCAGGCGACUGGGCGCGGCCGUCAAAUACCACUAUCGAGAGCGAUCACCAUGCGCAGCGAAUGCCCUAUACGACACGCAAAGUUCACGACAAGCAGAACGUACCGGCAUCUUCGGAUGCGCGCCUUGCAUCCCCUAAUACCACCUAUGACCAAUUGAGGACUUUGACAACUAAACAGAUAUUUGCUACCGACUUUCCUCACAAUCCAGGUCAGGGAAACCCUUUAAGUGCUACUCAGACUGAACCAGGGCAUACAGAAGCCUCAGCUGCGCUGGAGCUGGACGGCCAAAGCUUCAGCGAAAGCUCUCGCAGCGAUGAUCCAAACCGACAUAGUCGUGAAUCAGAUGCAACCGCGAGCACGCAGCUGCAAACCUCAACUGACUCGUCUGCCGAGACCAGCGCAAGUUCAAUUUCUGGAGGUCUCAAUGAAGCGUGCGACGGUCGAAUUGUGCUGGAUGAUGUAUCUCAGGAGGAUUCUUUUGAUGAGAGUUUCAUGCAAGACAGUCAAUCUGUACCUCAGUUACAAUAUCAUCACCAGGCUUUUCUUCCGCGAGUCUCCAGCGUGCCAAUUGAGUCAAACUCGAGGAACUCCUCCAAGUCUGAUCUGCUCUCAGACCCGGCCAUGCCCAUAAAUCGCCAUUUGACCCCUAAUUCUUUUAUGAGAAGGAGUUCUAUGCCUCGGCCACAGUCGGAGUAUGCCGGGUAUGCCGAAUUGGGACCGCGCGGACGGUCUCCGAGUUACGGGGCCGCUCACCCACGCAGUCCUUCUGUUCAUUCUCGCAGGUCGCCUGAAACCAGACCAACCUCCUACGCAGAAUUGCUCAACGUACCGUAUCCUCAGCCGGCUCCAGCUCCUAUCACAUUCGAUAAUUCGUACCUGCGCAACAAUGUUGGGAGCAACGCCUCCUUACUAAGUGCUCAGAAGACGCUGGAGAUGUACAGGCAAAAUCUAAAAAAGACAACCGACUUUUCUAUUCAGUAUUCUUUCGCCAUCUUCUUGAUCUCUACCGCGCAGGAGCAGGGCCUUAACUUCGAAGAACCUUCCCGUGGAAAAGGCAGUCCGAAAGGAACUCUCAAUAAGGAAAGCCCGGAAUCUUCCCCGUUAGAAUUGGUUCGGGAAGCUAAAAGUAUUUUAACAAGGUUAGCCAAUGGCGGCUAUCCCUUCGCACAGUAUUACCUAGCCGACGGUUUUGCCUCGGGCCUGUUCAAUAAGGGCAAGGAGGAUUACAAUGCAGCGUUUCCUCUCUUCGUUUUGGCCGCGAAACACGGUCAUGCCGAGUCUGCUUAUCGCACUGGGUUAUGCUACGAAUUUGGAUGGGGGUGUAGAAAAGAUCCAGCUAAAGCAGUCCAAUAUCUACGAACAGCCGCAUCCAAGAACCACCCAGGUGCUAUGACAAGACUUGGAAAAGCUUGUCUUUCAGGAGACCUAGGUGAAAAUCGGUACAAAGAAGGAGUAAAAUGGCUGAAGCGAGCUACGGAGGCAGCGGACACCAUGUACAACGCCGCGCCGUAUCAUCUCGGCACACUAUACGAAACUGGGUACGGCGACGACAUUUUUAAAGAUGAAAGCUACGCUGCUGAGCUAUUCACUCAGGCGGCUGAGCUCGGACAUGCUGAAGCCAAUUACCGUAUGGGAGAUGCAUAUGAACACGGCAAGCUCAAUUGCCCGCGAGACCCGGCCUUAAGUGUUCAUUUUUACACCGGAGCAGCAGAUCGGGGUCAUGCUGCGGCUAUGAUGGGGUUAUGCGCGUGGUAUAUGGUUGGUGCCGAUCCCAUUUUAGAAAAAGACGAGGGGGAAGCCUACGAAUGGGCUCGUCGGUCAGCAGAGCUUGGCUAUACCAAAGCCCAAUACGCUGUUGGCUACUUUACCGAAAUGGGCAUAGGGUGUCGCCGCGACAUUCUCGAAGCCAACGUUUGGUAUGUCAAGGCAGCAGAUGCCGGCGAUGAGCGUGCCAAGCAGAGACUGGCCGCUAUUAGGGCAGCUGUGAGCGGCAACGGCAGCGGCACGCCUAUGGAAGUUGCCGCACCACGAAGCGCGAAAAUGAGAAAGAGUCAGACAAAAGACGACAAAGAUUGCGUUGUAAUGUAAUACGUUCAUACGAUAAAGCUCGCUAGUUACGAACUGCUGGAGAUUUGGAGGACUCUAUUCCAUCCUCAAAUGCCAGGCGAUGUCUAUGUUGGAAACCAUGCGGAAUACUCGUCGAGCAGUGCACACUUUUUCUUUCUUCUCUUUUUUUU